AUGACAUUUACGCCUCAGCUUCCGCAGCCAGGUCGCCUUUUCCCAGUAUGCUGUGCUGCGGAGAUCCCUCCUUCCGUUGUGGAUCGUUACCUGAUGUCCAUCUUCGAAUACAAGGACAUGGAGGCCGUUUAUUCUGUCAUCAUAGACGACCUGGCGGAGAAAUACACAAAAGAGUGCGAUGUCAAUUCGCCGAGGACUGCCGCAACCAAGGCGCCAUUCAAGGGCAAAGAUUUGUACGAAUGUAGUAGUCUUCUCCAACAGAUGUGUCGCGAUGGCUCAGACAUCGAUUACUCCUCCUUUGUGAUUAUGGAUGAGAGGACACUGCAUGAUGAUACUGUGCUUUUCGCCGUAUCAGACUGGCAAGAUGGGCAAGAAACAAUCCGUAGCAUUAGAUCUGCCUUUGAGGUUGUGGAGGAACGUUUAGGCGGGUACGGUGUGGUCCCCGAGGAAUUCGAAAGGGAUCUGGCCACCGCUGCGGAGGCGGAAGAUGGCGUGCUUCGAGCGCAUGCGAUUGAAGCGAGAACGAGUGCCCUAGGGAGACAGCGACCGUAUUCGCCUUCUACGAGCCUUGAUGUCCCGCCCCGACUAAAGCAGUUCAAAGUCGUUCUCAUCGGUGAUCCUACAGUAGGGAAGACUUCAUAUGUGCAAUACCACAUGACAGGGCAUUUCGACGCUGAGUAUACCACCCAGCCCGGUAUCCAGGUCGACAAUUUACGUUUUCACACGAACAUGGGCCUUGUCCAGUUCGACGUCUGGGACGUUGCUGGUCAGCAGAAGUUCCAUGACCAGCGUGACAGCUACUAUUCCAACACUCAUUGCGGCAUCAUCAUGUUCGAUCUCACAUCCCGCAUCACUUACAAAAACGUACAGAGUUGGCACCGCGACCUUCUACGGGUCUGCCGGAACCUCCCGAUAGUUCUCGUUGGGAGCAAACUCGACAAACCUGAUGCGUACCAUCGAGACGGAAACAUCAAGUCUAAAAGACUCAAGUUUCACCACUCAAGGGAUCUUCAGUAUUACGAUUUGUCUGUCAAAUCAAACAAAAACACAGAGAUGCCGUUUCUUUGGCUUGCGCGGGAGCUCGUUGGUGAUCAGUCUUUGGAGUUUGUCGCUGAGCCUGCUCUGACUCCACCAGAAAUAUCGCUCGGCCAAGUUGCAGUGGCCAGGUAUUUGAGGGAGGUGGAAGACGCUUCGAUCGUACCUCUACCAGACGAUGUCUAUGGAUGCCUCUGA